AUGGUAUCAUUAAGCCCUUUACUCGUACCGAUGGUUCAGUCUCCACCUUGCACGCCACCCACAGUUGGAGGUCCCGCAAAUCCUCCCCGAACUCCUUCGGGAUCAGGCAGCCACCCACAGCAUCAGCUAAGAAAUGCACGGCGCCAAUUGACUGGAUCUCCAGUGCAUAAUCACCCACUGCCCAAUACAAUCAAAUGCCACCGAAAAAAUCUAAUCUCAAUAACGCGAGGGGCAGAGAGGCACGACGCAAACGUGUUGAAAAUGCUCAUCAGUCGGCAGAACAAUACGAAACAAGAAAUGCAGAUCAAAGAAUCAGGACAGCAGAGAGUCGUGCACAAGAACAUUAAUAACAGCAUGACGAACGUCUGCGACAGACUAUUAUGA